AUGGCCCAGUGUGGUCCAAUAUGGCCCAGUGUGGCCCCAGUGUGGUCCAAUAUGGCCCAGUGUGGUCCAAUAUGGUCCAGUGUGGUUCAAUAUGGCCCAGUGUGGUUCAAUAUGGCCCAGUGUGGCCCCAGUGUGGUCCAAUAUGGCCCAGUGUGGUCCAAUAUGGCCCAGUGUGGUCCAAUAUGGCCCAGUGUGAUCCAAUAUGGCCCAGUGUGGUUCAAUAUGGCCCAGUGUGAUCCAAUAUGGCCCAGUGUGGUCCAAUAUGGCCCAGUGUGGUCCAAUAUGGCCCAGUGUGGUUCAAUAUGGCCCAGUGUGAUCCAAUAUGGCCCCAGUGUGGUUCAAUAUGGCCCAGUGUGA